UGCACCUGUCACGCGUCUUCCAGGCACUCUCAAAACACAUCAUCCUAUAGUGAGCAGACUCAUACCCGGGUAAUCACCUCUUGUGUCGCUCACCCCUCAAGAAAGGGCCAAGGAGACAUCUUAAAUGAAUAUUAUUCUCUUGAAAGGAAAACUCUUUCGCACUUUUCUGCGCUCUUUUCGUAAUCCGCCAAUGCAAUGACCCUGCGAACAACCUGAGUUUCAACAUCAAAGGCGUGAAGAUAUUGAGGAUCAAGGAAAAAUAUUUCAAAAAGAAACCAUCUUAAGAGCCCAAUUAACAUAUAUCAGAAGGACAUUUACAUAUGGUAUGUAUUUAAAAGGGUGGCAUACAGUAUCAGUAUCAGUACAAUAUCAGUACUAGAGCAUUCCGCUGAACAGAAUCGGUGACUAAAGGGAAUCCUAAACACCGUAGUCACAAGGAACAGUCAGAGAGAGAGAGAGGGAGCAUGUGUUAAGUAACGGACGCGGAUGUAAACACGCAGUAAGCAGCAAUCGUCUACUGCGCAAAGGUGUUUUCUCCAGACCGCUCCGGCUGAAGUUUCCUGAUCCGAGAGACGGCAACGAACGGCGCAUUUUGUGAUGGCUCCUGUUGGCGAAGUGGGAAGCUUCUUGCACGGUAUCGAAGGUUUCGGACACGUCGGAUCCCAUUUUGUUCUGACGCCCGCCGGGGAGAGUACAGCUCUGUUGGGCGAGCACCUGGUCCCGGCGGAGAGACUUUCCCGGAGUACCUCCGCGGAUUUAAUGCAUUUAAAGGGGAUUCUGCGUAGAAGACAGUUGUACUGUAGAACUGGAUUUCACCUGGAAAUACACCCAGACGGAACCGUGCAGGGGACGAGAAAAGACCACAGUCGAUUCGGUAUUUUGGAAUUCAUCAGUCUUGCAGUUGGAAUGAUAAGCAUACGAGGGGUGGACAGUGGACUGUACCUGGGAAUGAAUGACAAAGGAGAACUAUACGGCUCUGAAAAGUUAACAGCAGAGUGCGUCUUCCGGGAACAGUUUGAGGAGAACUGGUACAACACCUAUUCGUCCAACCUCUACAAGCACGGAGACAAGGGCGCCCGCUAUUUUGUGGCCCUGAACAAGGACGGCACGCCCCGAGACGGGACGAAGUCGAGGAGACACCAAAAGUUCACGCAUUUCCUCCCGAGGCCUGUGGACCCCGACCGGGUUCCGGAACUUUACAAGGAGGUCCUGGGACACAGCUGAGGGGCGGCGGAGGCGGCGGCUUAUUUUAUUUUCGGCGAAGAACGAAUUCGUGCUGCAGUCCGCGAGUUCCGUGGAAACAGGGAUGUAAGCGUGUUGUGGCUCCCCCCCGGUAGCGGGACAGAGGAGGGCCGAUGGCGGGAUAGCACGGGCGGGGAGGGGGGGCCCCUCCUGGGAGCAUAAAAGGAGUGCUCUCAGAAGCAGGAAGGACAGUCUAGAAUGUCAGGAUUCGAGCCAAGAGCCAGGACCCCGGAGCCAGGAGGUCCUUUUCUGUUUGAGGCUGGUCUGUCGCUGCUCGGAGCUGUGGGUAAAUGCAAGGGGGGUGCGGAUUAGCUUCAGAGCUGCUAGCAGAGCUGCUAGCAUCGCCCCCAUGGAGCAGAGCUGUUAGCAUCGCCCCACAGAGCGGAGCUGUUAGCAUCGCCUCACAGAGCAGAGCUGCUAGCAUCGCCCCACAGAGCAGAGCUGCUAGC